AGAAUACUAUCAUGGCCGCUCCCACAGGAACUGCAGGUAAAUUGUAUUUAGUACCUAGAAAUUUUCGGCUGCUAGAUGAAUUGGAACAAGGUCAGAAGGGAUGUGGCGAUGGCACAAUAAGUUGGGGCUUAGAAAAUGACGACGACAUGACACUUACUAGUUGGUCUGGAAUGAUAAUUGGCCCACCAAGGACUGCAUAUGAAGCUAGAAUGUACAACUUGAAAAUUGAGUGUGGUCCAAAUUAUCCAGAAGAGCCACCACAUGUCAGGUUUAUAACUAGGAUAAAUAUGAAUGGCAUUAAUGUUCAAACUGGAAUGGUUGACAGACGCUCAGUACAGAUCCUAACCCGCUGGCAGAGGAAUUUCUCCAUCAAGAACUUGCUGCAGGAGCUGCGUCGGUUGAUGACGCUGAAGGAGAAUGCGAAACUGCCGCAGCCCCCGGAAAGCAGCUCCUACUAGCGCCGUGCUGCAAUCGUGAUAGAGCCCGGGAAUAUUCGCCGAGUGCAGUUCCUGGCGAUGAGCAGGAUGUGAACACACUCAGAUUUCCAGGGUAGAAAAAUUCAUGCUGAUUGAAUAGGGUCACAAACAUGGGACGAUGGCAUGGUAACGGUUAUAUCGUUGGCUACCUAAUGGAAGAUAGAAAUAGGAAAUUGAAAACGAGUGGCACUGCAUUCGUGAUGCCUCUUUUUGCGACCGUCUUUAAUUCUCUGCAGUCAAUUCGUUUGAGUUGCGAACUCGCUUGUCUGCUUAAUUGGCGAGCCGUGUGUACAUGCUUAAAUGCACAGGUGCAUACACUGGAUUGAUGUACAAUGUCCAGUCCCUGUGCCAUUGCUACAAAGAAAGAAAUGCAUGGCUAGCAUUGAUUUCUAAUGAUUGGAAUGUUCUAGCUGUCGAAAAAGAAUUUGUUGACACAAUAACAGGAAGUGUAAAUUCGUUUGCAAAUCGAGAUGGUGUGCAGGCAAUGAGCCGUCGUUCCCAAGGUGUCAUCUCCCUUGUGCACUCUGUUUCUAUACCAACUUGACUAAUUAUUUUCGUGUUUGUAUGUUGUACUGCGUACCUGUGGAAAUGACACUCGUACUCAAAUGCAACGCGCACUGGCAGUUAAACGUCCAUGUUUUCAUUCACUAGUACAAAUGU